AUGCCUCCUGUCGAUACUUAUCCCUGGGGCUUCGGUAACAUGGCUGAAGGCCUCGGAACCAAUCAAGGGUCGUUCAUGAUGCCUUCUUAUAACCCAGGCUAUGGCUAUGACGAAGCCAUGCCAGCUAACAACCAAAAUACUUUCGACCGUCCAGUCCCCUGUCCCCCGAGGAUUGCUCGCAAUAUUUAUCGCACCUCGCAGGAAACUAUGGGCCAGGGAAUUUCUAUGUUCGCCAAUGUGCCGGAUGCCAGCGCCCAGACUUCAUUUCCUGGGGCAAAUGACCAGUUUAUUGGAGCGACAUCUACUCCAGUCAGUAGCGGGCCUAUUUUGGAUGCCACACCGUUUUCAGUGCGUGGUCAUGCGACCUCGAAUACUUCAUUUCCCGCCCAGUUCCCACAAACCCCGAAUGCAAAUCCCCAGGCAUGUCCACGGACGACCGACCAAAAUAGUACAUUCAAUCACCUUCAGGAAAUGCCUCCCGGCGUCGCUUGGCAGAUGCAGCCCCUUCCUCUUCCUGUUUCUCAGCCUGCGCAGUGUCCUACCGCACCGGGGGCUUAUACACCAGGAGCCUAUCAUCAAGCCAUGGGACGGCCCUCUGAUACGGGCCCACUUGCCCCGCAGCCUCCGACUCAUCGAAUUGACCUUACGCCGUUUCCGCAGACUCCAAUAUCGCGUAAUUCAUUGGCUUCUAUUCACACAGAGUCGGCCUCGGCGAUCAUGCAGGCACAGCUUCGCGCGAACGCUGUAUUUGGCGUUGGUGCUGCAGCAUUCACCCCUAGGAGUGGCGGAAUAAGGUCAAGCUCUCUGGGCGAUUUCUCAACGGGAACAAUAACAGUUCCCGGGAGGAGUCCAAGUGCUGUAUCCUCGAGGGGGUCUUAUGAGGAUGCCAAUGUCAACUCAUUCGUACAUCCCAUGCCCCCCGGAGUGCCUUCAUUUCGACCCUCUCGCGUAAGGAGGAUGGGGCAACACAUAUCACGUUUUGAAGCCGGCAGGGCUGCCAAUAGCAAUCAUGUCUCUCGUCAUUCACUCCCCAAAGGGUUGGAUGACCCACUUGAUGAGCGCCCCGAACCUAAGGAAACGGCCGAGAUGACCCUCAACAUGGAGUGCAAAGUCUGCAUGAGUCAACCAGUGGAUACGGCUGUAUUUCCCUGUGGACAUGCUAUGCUCUGUCGCUGGUGUGCCGAGAAGUGCAUUCCGUCGCAGCGAAAUGAUAAGAGUCGUCCUAGGGAAACAUCUCGCUGCCCUAUGUGUCGUAGCGUUGUUCGACAGAAGGUAGGAUUUUCCCGUGCUCUUCUAGAGCUUUGUGCCGGUCCAUGCUAA